CAUCAGAACAGAAGGAGAGACAUUCACCUUCAGACACACAUACAGUCAUCUUUUAGUAUCUCAUCAGCCGCCAUUACACUAGAAUAUCCUGGAACCUUCUUAUAUAGUGACUUUGAGAAUUGUGCACCAUAUAUAAGCUGGUAAGAGAAGCAGGAGAGCAGUUGUGAUAGAGAAGUGAGGAAGAGAAGAAGCUGUUUGAGGAAGUGUUUGACCCGAGUGACUUGAUUUUGCUUCCGCUUUGUUUGCUGAGAAUCACAAGAGAGCACCAGCGACAUCACCAACAUGCCGGAGGAGGCCAAUAUGAGUUUCAAGGUGUAUCUGGACCUGGGUGGCGGCCGGCAGGAGGUGCGGCGCUUUGCCCUGCCGGAGACUGUGGCCACCAACUACUCGGUGCUGAGGGAGAAGGUCUGCAGCAUCUUUGGCCUAGCGAACCAAGAUGCCGUCCUCUCAUGGAAGGACUCCGAGGGGGAUGCCAUCGUCAUCUCCACCGACGACGAACUGAUGGAGGCCGUAGCAGACAGCCUGAGCAACCAGAAUGCCCAGUUGGUACGAAUCAACGUGUCGGAGAGCAGCGGCCGCCCAGAGCCUGGCACCGGCGGACGUCCAGGGAACCAGGUAGGAGACAUCCAUCUUGGCGUGACCUGCGAUGGCUGCAGUGGUGUCGUCCAGGGCUUCCGCUACCGCUGCGUUGCCUGCCCGGACUACGACCUGUGCGGCGCCUGCGAGACCAAGGGAAUGCAUAAGGAGCACAAGAUGAUCCGCCUGCCCAAGCCACAAGACCCUGGAGCUCCAAGGUUCUUCUGGAAGGAGAGAGAGGAAGGGCCGGGCCAGUAUUCAACUCACUUUGGGAUGCAAGGCGGUGAUGCUGGUGGAGGUACUUUCCAGUCCAGCUCCUUCAGUGGCUGUGGUGCUGCUGGUCCUGGGACUGGUGGAGGGGCUUGGUUUGGCUUUGGCGGUCCACGUGGGCGCUGCCACAGGCGGGGGCAUGGAGGUGGUGGUCGGGGCCGUGGAGCCUGGCCAGGGUGGUGGGGGCGAGGCUGGUCUGGGAAGAACUGGGCUGGCUGCGGUCAGGGGCAGACCAUGGGCUCAGACUCUGGAUGUCAGCAACAGCAGCAGCAGCAGUCAUCAUCUGAGCAGCCCCAGCAACAACAGUCCCAGCAGUCCCAGCAGCAACAGUCCCAGCAACAACAGAGUAAUGACAAGAGCCCCAAGGAUGAGAGUGGGUGCCCUUGGCUGAAUGCGGAGGGUUCUGCUUGCCCCUUCAUGGGUGAGGACACUGGUGUACCAACCCCGGAGCAGGUACAGCAGAUGGCACAGCAGGCUGCUCAGCAGGCCGCCCAGCAGGCCCACCACUUUGCCACGCACUACGCCUCCGACCAUCUCGCCAAUGUCAUGCGUGGAAUCUGGACAGCUUGGUCUGGCCAGCAGGGACCGAACGCCACCACAUCAACCUCCUCCUCCUCCUCCAGCUCCUCCUCCUCCCACUCUGCCAGUGCCAGCCAGGACGGCCCCAAGCAGGGUACAGCAGAGGAGCAGAAGAGCGAGCAGGGAGGGCAGUUUGUCAGGGAGGAGUACCUGAGGAACGUUGGGGAGACGGUUGCCAACAUGCUGGACCCUCUCGUAAGAUACAGAACAGCACCCAACCAACCCCCUGCAUGUGGUUCUCCCUCAGGCAUUGACGUGGAGGUGGCCGUGGAGCACAAUGGGAUUCGCCAGCGCUGCAGCCUCGGGGAAAACGCACCCACCCCACAGAGCAACGCCUCACCAGCCCCAACCAGCCCCACCAAGCAACCAGAGUCCACACCUUCCUCCUUGGCCUCCGGAAGCGUGAACAUGGAGGUGCAGACCGAGGAACCUGCAGAACCACAGACGCCAAGUACCAAGGAUGUCGAGGCUAUGGAUGUCGCAAGCCCAGCACCAGCCCCAGUUAGCCAGGUCGCAGGGGGGCAGGCAGAGGGUCACACUGGGUCCCCUGAACCCGAGGACUGGAUGCUAGUGAAUCAGGAGACGAGUGAGCCUGCCUCAGCCUCCGGGGUCAGACCCAAGACCCCACCAAAUGAUAAGCCAGUGUCCUACCCAAGUCUGAAGGAGCUCACGCCUCAUCCUGACCCCAAGAUCCAGCAGUCCUUGGAGCAGAUGUCAGCGAUGGGCUACAGCAACGAGGGAGGCUGGCUGACCAACCUGCUGGAGAUGAAGCAGGGAGACAUCAACCAAGUCCUGGACCUCCUGCAGCCGGUCAAUAAGUAAUGUGAAGGCUUGGGCGUGGCGUGGCGAAGCAUAGGGCUGUGGGGUGUGUUUUAAGUUGUAUUUGUAUCUUUUUUCACUGCCUUUGGUUCAUGAAUAUUGGUAAGGUAGGCGAAUGAAGACAUGCGGGACGGACGUCAGGGAACAGAGAGUAUAUGGUUGUCAGGAGUGGGAGGGAUUCCUUGCCGAUCCAACACCAUAAGGGAAAAUAAGGACAUUAAACUGAAAGAAGAGGAAAAGAAAGUCCUUGGUAGUUUUGUAUCCCCACCAUGCAGAGGACACUAUUAGAUUAGGUAUUCAGUGUAGGGUUGUCAAGAUGUCCCUUUCUUCACUGCCUAAAGAUAUCAUUGGGCGAAUUUGAGGCACUGCACGCUCUGUUAAAUGUUCCUCUUCGUUGACUAGUACCAUGUUGUGAUCCAGCUGAAAUUGACGUCACUCUCUGGUCCCUCAUUUUUUUUUAUUUUUUGUGGGAGCAGCGUCUUGCAGGCUUUCAUGAUGCGUCUUCUGUUUUGUAACCUUUGAGCUCCCUCCCUCGCUGUCAAAAAAAAGGGAAAAAGACGAGGAAAUCAUGUUGACUACAAACGAUGGUGCUCUCCAGACAUGCAGAGGCUUAUGUUACCUGUAUUGAUGAGCCAUAGGGAGUGAUGAGGUGUUUUACAAGGGUGUGAAGUUGGAGCCGCUAGAGUUGUAUACUUCUGGCCAGCGUUGGAAACUAUACCUAUUUAUAUGUUCAGUAAUGCCCGACGUCUGACCAUGCUUGGUUUCAUGUGAUGCAGUAGAGGAUUUAUUUUAUUAUUCAGACCAACAUUUACUAUAUUAUAAAUGUUUGUAGUGAUAUGUAUACUCUUGUAUGUGAUAAUCUAUUUAGUCUGUCAGCAAUAUAACAGCUGCACUCAACUUUUUACUCUUGCUCAGCCCUAUACUGUCCAAAUUCCUUAUGCAAGAGUUAACCAGCAUCUUCAUUCUUUCAUCACUCUUAACUGGUAAACUCUCAAACAGCCUCCCUUUGUCUGCAUUUCCUCCUGCCUAUGACUUGACCUCCUUCAAGAGAGGAGGAAGUAUAAGGACACCUCUCCUCUGCCAACUCUAUAUACUUCUUUUCAUAGGACCAUCGAUUAGCUUAUUUAUUUUUUUUUUAUUUAUUUAUUUUUUUUUUUACUGCUUCCAUUGCUAUAAGAAAAAAUGACCAUAGUAGUUUGUUGCAGCACUAUAUGAUUUAAUACCUCUCUCCUAUAUAUGCUUGCUGUGCACACAUAUUAGGUGUUCGGGGGAGAAGGAACAUAAGGGACACAGCCAUUUUUUUACUAGUUUGUACUGAGCAAGGCAGGCAAGGCUAUACACACCCAAGGGAAUAUACAGUUUGGCUCCCAGCUGCUAUUCCUCUGCCUUGUGUUUCUGGUUCUUCGUGCAAUGUGUAGCAAACUAGAAAAAAAAAAUGUCUGUCCCUUCCACCCCAACUCUGGACACCUCAUUAUAUUCUGUCACUGUAUGGUGUAGAUUCCUGUCUUGCAUGUGGUCUCCAUCUGGUGUUCUGUGCUCCAGUGCGAGGAAGACUUCAUGCUCCAUAGCUGUUGUUGUGUAGCCUUGAUAAUCGUAUAUAGCUCUAAAGGUAGUGCUCUCUGAUACAGGGUUCACGUGUGUUAGUGUGCAAAGCUUCCCGAGGUAUCUGGUGGCACAGGUUAUGUUGUUUUAGAUUGUCGGCAACACAUGAGCACAAUAGGUUUUCAUUAAUGAGGCUGACGUUUAGGAUUCCAUGAUAAUUAGUAUAUUUUUAGGUGUAUUUGUGAAACCUUGUGAUCAGUAAAGGUUUAGUCUAAGGUUAGAGCAAUUGGGUUCCAAGAAGUGUAUUUUUAGGUUCAUGGCACAGAAGAAGGAUCAAACUACCACCAGGGUCAGAAAAUUACCCUUGGAAAUGCCUGUAAAGAUUUAUAAAGCCUUGUCAAAAAUUUGUCUUUUAUGAAUGAAUGAAUAUCGAAGAGAAAUGUGAUCAUUCGUUUUAAAAGCUCCGAGUUGGUGAAUCAUUAGAACUAUUUUUUAUAAAGCAGAACGUAAAACUCACUGAAUAAUAUCAUAAUAAACAUAUAAAUAAAAACAA